GUGACACAUCGAAUAAUGGGCGGGGCCUCUUCAAGAUGGAAAGCGUCUCAAGUGCUCCCCGCCCACCCCAGCAGCAGCCCCGGGCGGAGACGUUGACAAGCACACACAUACCAGGAGCACCAGGAAGAGACAGCGUCCGGGCCAAAACCAUGAGCUACCCUGGAUACCCUCCUCAGGCCGGCGGUUACCCGCCACAACCUGGUGCUUACCCACCUCAGGCUGGAGCAUACCCUCCCCAAGCAGGAGGCUACCCACCGCAGUCAGGAGGCGGCUACCCUCCUCAACCUGGCGCCUACCCGCCUCAGGCGGGAGGAUACCCCCCUCAGGCUGGGGGUUAUCCACCCCAGGCAGGCGGGUACCCACCCCAGGCUGGAGGCUACCCACCUCAGGCUGGAGGCUACCCACCCCAGGCUGGAGGCUACCCACCCCAGGGAGGCGGCUUCCCACCCCAAGCUGGAGGAUACCCUGCUGCACCUCCAGCAGGCAGCUGGGGUGGUGGGCCGACUGGCGGAUAUCCCUCCAUCGGUUUGAACAACCUCACCAACCCUGGAUAUAACGCUGGCAUGGCCAACCAGAUGUGCCACGGCAUAGGGUGUUUUUCUUCAAACCUACCCAUGUACCCCUACAUCCCUGGGGGGUACCCACCUGCCUACCACCUGGGCGGGUACGGUGCCCCUUUCCCUAACCUACAGUCAUAUGGCCUGUACCCACAGCCAGGAGGAGCCAUGCCCCAGCAACAAGGCCCGGGGAUGGCCUACCCAGGCCAGCCUAUGCCCGGUUACCCUCAAGCGCCACCUGCCAAUCCCACAAUGCCCGGCUACGGAGGAGCGCCAGCACCUAUGCCAGGGUACCCGAAGGUUCCCUCGCCAAAUCCACAGAUGCCAGGGUACGGAGGCGCAGUCAACCCUGUCAAGAAAGGAUUUAGAGGGACAAUCAAGGACUUUCCUGGAGCGGACCCUCUUAAAGACGUGGAGGUCCUUAGGAAGGCUAUGAAGGGCUUUGGAACUGACGAGCAGGCCAUCAUCGACUUACUGGGCAGUCGCUCCAACAAGCAACGUGUGCCUUUGCUGCGCUACUACAAAACCUCCUACGGAAAGGAUCUGACUAAGGACCUGCAUUCAGAACUGUCUGGCGACUUUAGGAAGCUGGUCAUGGCCAUGUUGAAGAGCCCUGCUCAGUUUGACGCCUCUGAGAUCCAUGCUGCCAUCAAGGGAGCUGGAACCGACGAGGCCUGUCUGAUAGAGAUCCUUUCGUCUCGUUCCAACGCCGAAAUCAAGGAGAUAAACCGCAUCUACAAAACAGAAUACAAGCAGACUGUGGAAGAUGCCAUCACCGGGGACACGUCCGGACACUUCCGUAGACUCCUCAUCUCUCUGGCACAGGGUAAUCGUGACGAAAGACCAAAUGUCGACCUUUCAUUGGCCAAGCAAGACGCUCAGGCCCUGUAUGCUGCUGGAGAGAACAAGCUGGGAACAGACGAGUCCAAAUUUAAUGCCAUCUUGUGCGCCAGGAGCAAAGAACAUCUCAGGACAGUUUUUAUUGAGUACCAGAAGAUGUGUGGCAGAGAUAUUGAGAAGAGCAUCAGCAGGGAGAUGUCAGGAGACCUGGAGAGUGGCAUGUUGGCAGUGGUGAAAUGUAUUAAGAACACAACUGCUUAUUUUGCCGAGAGACUUUACAAGGCCAUGAAGGGAGCUGGCACCAAAGACUCUACUCUGAUCCGAAUCAUGGUGUCCCGCUCCGAGGUGGACAUGCUGGAUAUCCGCCAACAUUACGUGAAGAACUACGGCAAGUCGCUGUACACCGACAUCUCCGGCGACACCUCGGGAGACUACAAGAAGCUCCUGCUGAAGCUGUGUGGGGGUAGUGACUGAAACAAUCACAUUACGUAACGCCUUCAAUAGCAACGUGCUUUUAUAUUGUGUAUGCACCAUAUACACAAGCCGCAUGCCUGUGCAAAGUAGUCCCGUAUCGCCCACAUGCUGUUUGCCGAAAUACAACCUGCACACAAAGCGUUUAUAUUUUUUACAUAUUACUUUGUUACUUUAUAUGUUUACGGUAUAUAUAAAGAGUUCAAGUACAUUUAAAGAAAAAAAGCUUUAUAUUUUUAAAAAUGAUAUUGUAUGAUCAGAUAUUUAAUAUCCGCUUCAUGUAUCAAUAAUAAUGUUCAGGAACGCUGAAUUAAAAAUGCCUAGUGCCACAACUUGAAGCACACCAUGUAUUCUUCGUUAAAAAAUGUCCUUUAUGUCAUUUUCGUGCCAGGUCCUGUGAAUUGUAUUCCACGCAGUCAAACUCAAAAAGACCCUAUUUCAGUCGUCUGUCCUUGAAUUUUACAUUU